UUGACGAAAGUAUGUUUUAAAAAUGAGCAGUAAUAAUGUAAAUAAAAAUUAUAAACGUCCAAAACAGAAAACACAAUCGACUACUAAUCCGGAUCGCCCAAAACAGACAAAUAGAACCUUGGAGAAAGAUAAAGCAGAACCGUUAUGUCCAUUGGCAGCGAAGGACUCUGAAUGGGUAGACAUUUUGCAGUCACCGGGUUCCGACCCUGCUAACUCGUCCACCAACGUAUCUGAUGAAGAGGAAGUAGAUUGUGAAGAUGGCCCUCAAAUGAAACCGCUGGCUAUUAUGUUCCCUGGUUUACUAGAAAAAGAUCCUAACACAUUACAAGGGAUGCUUAACAAGGCAAUGUCAACCACAGAAGUGACGAAGCAUUUGGUAGAUCUAGGUCAAAAAGCCAACUUUACUUUUAUGAAAAAGGCAGAUCGAUUGAUACCACCAGAUAAGGUAUGGUUGGAAAGUCUUACAGAAAAUAGUAAUUCAUUUACAUCAAUGACAUCGGCUUUAUUUAGUGGCAGUCUUUCAAGCGAUUAUGAUGCUGACAACGAGGUCGUAAUAUGUAACCAUAGUAGGAUAAAAAGAAACGAGAAACAGAACAGCACAACAAAUAUACAAAGGACAAACAUAAGUUCGGACGAUAUAUUGACAGUUAUAAAACAAAUAGUGGCAGAAAUCAUCCAGGUUGGUACCUAAUUCAUGAAUUAAUCAAUUGUUAUUUGCGAUUAAUCUAGCUGCAUCUCUGUA